AUGGGGAAGUUGCUAUUGACGAUCGCAGCCAUCACCUUCUUCCUCUUCCUUGCGGGUUACACGAUUCAACAACGUUCAAUCGCCGACUUACAAUCUCAACUCAAACCACGUAUCCCAGUCAAGCCGCUGUCCCAAAACACUCAGCAACCCUUAUCUGGACCUCAACAGCCCUCUCGUCUCUUCAACUCCGAGCAAAAUGCCAUCAUCUCAGAGCACACAAGUUCUCAACAAUUACCACAAGUGAACUGGCAGAAGCUGGCUCACGUUCAGAUAGUCACAAGCCACCAUGACGUCUGCAGUACAAUCAUGUUCUUCGGCGACCUCGCUCGUCUCAAAUCUCCAGCCCGUCGCAUCCUCCUCUUCCCACAGGUCUGGGCAAUGGAAAAGCAAGCUGCCAAACAUGACCUGAUCGAUCCGUAUAUGGACAUUACACGCCGUCUACUCCGCCGAGCUGCUCGUCGCUACAAAGUCGAGUUGCGACCUAUUGCUUCUUCUGCUGGCCAGGAUGACACCUCACUCGCCAGUCUCUGGGCCUUGACGGAUAUGGAAAGAGUCAUGUUGUUGCAAACGCCAGGCCUAAUCCAGGAUGCGGAAACCUUAGAUGCUGCACUGGCUUUCACAUCUCCCGCGCCUUUGACUCUGCUGCAGCAAGACACGGACUUGAACCUGGCCUCCGAAGACCUGGUCCUCGCAACCCCAGCCAAAGAGACACAUAGAGUCCUUACCACAAACUCUUUCCAGAAUAUCACCUCGAUAACUUCUGCUCUACACCCAGCUUACCUUUCAUCCUCCAUCAUCGCCAGUGUCGGAGAUCUGCACAAUGCUGUUCAUCCCAAUCAGACGGCCUUCCUUGAGACUCCUUACAUUCGCUUCAACGACCCCAAACUCCCUGGUCCAGAGUGGGAAGUUGACUAUGCGCGAGUUGUGCGAGCACGUCCCAAAGAUAAGGAUGCGGAUUGGCUGUGGACCAAGAUGUAUGGUGAAUUUGCGGGUAGGAGGUAUGAUAUCUGUGGUUUGGGUCUGGAGGUUUGGAGGGACUGGUGA